AUGGUGGAGAAGAGCGAGAGGAAGAUGGGUAUGGUGAAGAGCAAGGGAGAUUUCAAUGCUCAGCACAUUGAGCCACAUGCCUGCAAGAACAAAACACAAAACACAAAAUUCCUCUCCAAUUUCUGCUGGAAGGCUUUGUCACUCGGUCAACUCAACUCAAAUUAUAAAGCCGCCUUCUCUGAGUUGGCUUAUAUUCUAGAGAUCCUUUUUACUGUAGAAUCUCCUCCAUGGGUUGGUUCUGGGAGACUUGAUCUUGGUUUUGGGGUGAUUUGUCUUGGUGGAUCACCUUCUUUUGGUUGGUGGUUGAUGGUUAGUAGUUGGUGGCGAAGUGGCAGAUGGGGGGUGGGGUUGGUGCUAGCCAGGACUGAGUCAGGUGUGUGCAUGCGUGCAUUUGGGGUUGUGUCUAUGUUUUCAGCCUCAAGAAACCCCGUGGAAAAAUCCGUUCCUACAACCCGCAGAGCAUCUUUGCCAUUGCCAAGAAGAGAUGUAGUUCAGAAAUCCUCUUUCAGGCCCAGUAUUGGCAUCCUCAACCAAACUAGCUCUCCGGAUGUUUCUGUCAAUGCCCCUCGGAUAGACAAAAUGGCUGAGUUCCCCUUAGCAUCAUACGAAGACCCCUACCUUCCCAUUCCUAGAACUUCAUCAGCCUCUGCACAUGGGUCGUCCAUCUCUCCAGAAGGUGACCGUUCGAUAAUGAAGGACAAAUGCACAGUCCAGGUCCGUGACAGAACAUUUGGCAAGCUGAGUUUUGCCGAUGCUUGGCAGGGAUUUGAAGGCACCACAUGUCCUAUGAACGCCGAGGAUGUGAGUGACUGCUCAGAUCAAAAUGCAACAGCUGGCGCAUCAAGCCGAACCUCAUCAGAUCAACGGCGCCGCCGUUUUGACACCUCAUCUUACCAACAACGAGCUGAAGCAUUGGAAGGAUUGCUUGAAUUCAGUGCAAGAUUGAUGCAAGAGGAAAGGCUCGACGAACUCGGGGUGUUAUUGAAGCCAUUUGGGCCAGGAAAGGUAUCUCCUAGGGAAACUGCAAUCUGGUUGACGAAGAGCUUCAAGGAAAAUACAGUCAAGCCAGAAGAUCUAUAUCAGUAAACAGCUGACACGAUUAAAAAUAGUCUUUGCUGCAACAGAGUUUAGGGUAUCAUCUGUUUUGUGCAUGCUACUGUUGUUUUUGGUAGUACCUAGGAUUUCACAACUUUUACCACUUUCACUUUUCAUUUCAUUUCAUAUGAUAGGAAUUCUGGAUUUUAGUGAUGGAUGCACACGGAUGAACAAAUAGAAUUUUUUUUGGGGAAGAACGUAAUCGUUAGCAAUAGCAUCGAGAAUUGAUCGACCGUGAAUUAAUCCAAAAGAUUUUGGAGUUGCUAUUCAUCACAAUUUUAGAGGGUGUCAUCAACUUGUUUGGAAGAUGAUAUUUUGACUUGUUGUUGAAUGUGUCCACUGACUG